UUUUUACUACAUCUCUCUCUUGUUUUUGUUUGGAUGGACAUUCCCGCUUUUUAUUUUUUUUAUUUUUUAAAGGUUUUUAAAUAGAGAUCUCACGCAUUUUCACACUCGCUCUUUCACACUUGCACACACACACACUCGGCACGAUGCAUCUGCCAUCUUCAUUAUCUUCACUAUCAUGUCUGCUGCUACUACUGAUUUCAACGGCAUCAGCAGCCAUUGUUCGCUAUGAUCUGGAUAUUGGAUACAUUCAGAACGUGAAUGCAGACGGUCACUUUGCUCGUAGGGUCAUUGGUGUCAAUGGGAAAUGGCCUCCACCAAAACUCAUUGCAAACUACAACGAUACUUUGGUCAUCAAUGUGCGCAAUUCGUUGGAUGUGCCCACGGCACUCCACUCUCACGGCAUGUUUUUCAACAAGACAAACUACUUUGACGGUGCUGCUGGCGUCACUCAAUGUGGAAUUCCACCAGGAUCAAACUUUACCUACGAAAUCCCUCUGCAACAGUGGGGAACCUAUUGGUACCAUGCUCACGUUCGAGGACAGUACCUCGAUGGUUUCCGCGGUGCGCUCAUUAUCAACCCUCCGCCAACCGCCCAACUCGCCAAAUACGAUCACGAAUACACUCUUAUCCUUCAUGACUGGUACCACGAUGAAUAUGACACGGUCAUGAAAGACUAUGGAGGCAUCUUCAACGUCCGCGGCGUCGAACCCCCACCCAACUCUGGCAUCGUCCACAUCAUGAACGGAACCGACUAUGUCCCCAAAAUGACGUUUAUCCCCAACAAAACAUACCGCAUCCGCGUCAUCAACAUGGCGGGUUUCCCAAUGUUUACCAUGGGCAUUGGCGGGCAUGAGAUGGAGGUGAUUGAAGUCGAUGGCGUAGACACGGAACCCAAGACGGCGUCAAACAUUGAGAUUGGCGUUGCGCAGAGGUACUCGGUGUUGGUCAAGGCGAAAAACGCGACCGAUAUGAAUUAUAAUGUGGCCAUCAAGAUGGAUGAUAGCAUGUUUGCUCUGAUUCCUCCUACACUGAAUCUGAACUUGACGGCUCUCAUCGAGUACUCUCCCACCGCCCCCACAUCCGACGCUCCACCACCCUCCACCGAGGUCCUCGACGACUUGACCAUUGCCCCCCUCGUCAAAGAGGCCUCUGUCGCCCCCGACGUGUCCCACGAUCUAAACGUGUUCCUCGGUGUCCUCGACGACGGUAUCAACCACGGCCAGUUCAACAACAAUACCUAUGUCGCACCCCUUACACCGACCAUGCUUUCCGCUCUGACGACGGGACAGGACGCUACGAACCCCGCUAUUUACGGCAAGCAAACCAAUGCCAUUGUAUUGGAGCACAACAAGAUGAUUCAGUUGGUGGUGAAUAACGAUGAUGGCGGGUCUCACCCCUUCCACCUCCACGGACACCGCUUCCAAAUCGUUUAUAGAAGCGAGCAACGCUACGACCCCACCCAACCCAUCCCAGACCAACCCAACCCCAUCCGACGCGACACGGUCCAAAUCCCCGCAUUCGGUUCAGCCGUUAUCCGCUUCCGAUCCGAUAACCCCGGCGUCUGGCUCUUCCACUGCCACAUUCAAUGGCACAUGGAAGUCGGUCUCGUCGCAACACUCAUUGAAGCUCCCCUUGAAAUGCAGAAAACAAUCACCCCACCAUCGUAUGUUGGAUCUCAGUGUGCUGCUUUGGGGAAACCCAUCUCUGGAAACGCUGCUGGUAAACAGGGGUUGGAUUUAACGGGUGCCCCUGAUGGACCGCAUAACCUUUCUGGCAAAUUUGAGACAAAAGGCAUUAUCGCACUGAUUGGUACGAUUGUUUCGGCGGUGUUGGGCAUGUCUGUUGUGGUUUGGUUUGCUAAAGAAUAGAAACUUGGAGGCUGGUUCCCCCUCUUUCGGUUCUUGAAUGUAUUUAUGGGGAUGUUAGUUGAGGUUUUGCAUUAUGCUUUUUUUGUUUUACUUUUUUUUUAAUAUACGUAUUACACGUUUUGCAACUCGCUCUCGACUGCGAUGCAUUCCAAGG